AUGAACUCACUCAGAUGCCUUCGGCCGGUGGCCUCGCGAAUGCAGGCGCCGACGCUGCCCAGACUCACACGUGGAUUCGCCAGCAAGACAUACGAGUUCAUCCAGGUUUCUCAGCCCAAGCCUGGCGUUGGUCAAGUGACGUUGAACCGCCCCAAGGCCUUGAAUGCCCUUUGCACUCCCCUCAUCCAUGAGCUCAACGAUGCGCUGAGGGCCUUCAAUGCGUCGGACGAAACAUCCGUCAUCGUCCUGACCGGCUCCCAAAAGGCCUUUGCCGCCGGUGCCGACAUCAAGGAGAUGGCCCCCCUCACCUUUUCCGAGGCAUACACCAAGUCCUUCAUCGAGUCGUGGUCCCUUCUCACCACUGAGGUCAAGAAGCCCAUCAUCGCUGCUGUCUCGGGACACGCGCUCGGUGGAGGCUGUGAGCUGUCCAUGAUGUGCGACAUUCUCUACUGCACCGAGACUGCCAACUUUGGCCAGCCCGAGAUCAAGCUCGGCACGAUCCCGGGUGCGGGUGGCAGUCAAAGACUCACCCGGGCCAUCGGAAAGUCCAAGGCCAUGGAGCUGAUCCUGACGGGCAAGUCCUUUAGCGGUGCCGAUGCCGAGAAGUGGGGUCUCGCAGCCAAGGCGUUCCCUUCGUACGAGGUUCUCAUGGAGGAGACGCUCAAGACGGCCGAGACCAUUGCCGGCUACUCGAGGGUGUCCAUCAACGCGUGCAAGGAAGUUGUGAACAAGAGCCAGGAUCUGCCUCUGAGGGAUGGUGUCGAGUUUGAGAGAAGAGUAUUCCACAGCUUGUUCGGCAGCAACGAUCAAAAGAUUGGCAUGAAGGCAUUCGCCGAGAAGAAGAAGGCAGAGUGGACUCACUCUUGA